AUGAAGGAGGAGAAAGAAACAAUAGUAACGUGGUCCCGGGCAUCUAGCAUUCUACCCACAAUGGUUGGCCAUACAAUCGCGAUUCAUAAUGGAAAGGAACAUAUACCUAUUUACAUAACAAAUCCUAUGGUAGGUCGCAAAUUGGGGGAAUUCGUGCCUACUCGGCAUUUCACGAGUUAUGAAAAUGCAAGAAAGGAUACUAAAUCUCGUCGUUAA